AUGAGAAGUGAAAGACAGGGAAUGAAGGGAUUCACAACGUCGCCUUUUGUGUAUCCUACAGUACUGUCUACAGAAAGCGCAGCAGAAAGGGACGCUCGUGAUAUAGCAGCAGUUGCAGUAGCAGCAGCAGCAGCAGCAAUAGUAGCAGCUGCUAUCUUGGCAAGUAGAGAACGAGCUGCCGCAGGUGGUGCUAAAGAGAGAAAGAGAGAGAAGACCGAGGGAUGA